CUGUGACAACCACGUUACAACCACGAUGUACCACACUGAAUAGCUAUCAGCCUGCAAUCGUUCAUAUUUUUGUUUCUACAUAUCUAUAUUUUUUAUUUACAAAACACACAUCAAUGAACUACUACGGCUGUGUUCCGAUAUUAACUGCCAGUACUGAAAAUGUAUAGUAUAGGUGACAUGAACUAUAAAUUUUCAGUACUGCCAGUAAAAACGGAACACAGCCUACGUUUCGAUCCAAACUGAAGCAUGUGAGAAAUCAAUGCCACCAUGAUAUACAUCACACAUUUUGAGGGGAAGGUUUGAACUUCUGGUUAUUUUUCCUAUCUUUAGCGAACGAUUGCAGGCUGACAGCUAUUCAGUGUGGUACAGCGUGGUUGUCACAGCUAUGACAAUGACUUGAGUUUCUUUUGUUACCACAAACUCAGUUGUAAAAUGUUACAUAUUCAAGUUGGAAGUGAAAAAAUUAUGAAACAUGUGACUCUUCGCAGAAAAUUAUUACUGGCCUAUACACCAUCGCGGAAUUUAACAAUAAAAAUUAAUGAUUCAGAGAAAAAUAUUAAAAUAAAAGUGGUAGAUGUGAACUUUCAACAGAAUGAAGAUGAAUCAAUAAUGUUAGGAAAUGGCGGAUAUUGCCUUGUGAGACGCGUUUCUCUUAAGUGGACAUUGUCAGACAAGGAAAAAACGGCUGAUAUAAAUAUUGAAUCACAUGAGCUUUCAAUUCGUUGAGAGGCACGAGUAAUUUUCACUGAGUCACAAAGAGUAUCAAUCGCUGAUUUAGAAGUAGUUGGCUUGAACAGAAAGAAAAAAAAAUAUCAACGGAA